GAACAUCUAUUAGUAAACGGGUAGUGUGAGAACUGGCGAUCUCAGAGCUCCCCAUUAGUCCGGCCAGGUAGUCAUCUCAAAAAAAAAUUGUGUUAGUGACUAGUGUGUAUAGGAAGAUGAUAGUGCCAUGGGUGUUGGUUGCUUUGGCGCUCGUUGCAUUGAAUUGCGCGGAAGAGACAAACCAUUAUGACGUCAUCGUGGUGGGGAUGGGCGCCGCUGGCACCAUGGCUGCGUCCACAUUGGCUCGCGCCGGCAAGAAGGUGCUGGCCCUGGAAGCUAUGGAGCGAGUUGGCGGACGCGUACAUUCGGUUGACUUCGCUGGCGGAGUCGCCGAACUGGGCGCUGAAUGGACCCAAGGACAAGGCCCGAGCCUCAUUUACAAGACCGCGAGGGACCACAACAUAACACUGCAGUCUCAGGCGAAGGACUUGAGCGAGGUUGAAGUCGUGCGAUCUGACGGCACCCUGGCUGACCUGGUCAUCAAAGACAUUGUGGACAAAGGCAUGGAGCUCUGCGACGAAGGGUCUGAGGGCAACAAACCGGUAUCGCUUGGAGAAUACGUUACUAAUGAAUUGACGGAGUACAUAAGAAAGAAGCAUCCUGAGAUAGCUGAGGAUAAGGAGACGGUUGCUCGCGUGCUGGAGUACCUGGACCAAUACACUGACACUGUGGACGCUUCUGACAGCUGGAUGGACGUGGACGCGACGGUGCCCUACGAGAUCCUAGACGGAGACCAGCAUUUGAGCUGGCACAAGCUGGGAUACAAGACGCUGUUUGAGUUGUUGCUGAACACGUACAAUGGUGGGCCAGGCCUGGACUCCCUGGAAGUGAAGCUGAGCUCCCCCGUGACCUCGGUGAAGUGGCCUCAGCAACCUGAUGAGAAGGUAGUGGUCACCACAAGUGGCGGUCAGGAGUACACUGCUGACGCCGCCAUCAUCACCGUGUCGCUUGGUGUGCUGAAGGAGAAGCACACAACCCUGUUCUCCCCUGCACUCCCUGAAGACAAGAAGACAGCGAUAGAGAAGCUGGAUAUGGGCGUGAUUGGCAAGAUUAUAUUCUCCUUCGACAAACCAUGGUGGAGGAACCGGAUCUUCGGGAUGGUGUGGAAGACUGAGGACCUGAAGAAGGUGCCAGCAGAAGACCUGUGGACCACUAAGGUCAUGGGGGCUUCGCCGUCUCUGGGCUCUGACCAUACGUUUACUGUGUGGACUGGCGGGGCCACGGCUAGAUUGGUGGAGACGCUUCCAGACGAAGAGGUGAAGACGAAGGUGAUGGCGCUGCUGCGAAGGUUCUUUGGCGCUGACACCACCAUCCCAGACCCUACCGGCAUGCUCAGGUCUAAGUGGUACAACAACGAAUGGACGCGCGGGUCGUACUCGUUCACUGGCAUGUCGGCGGCGCAGGCGCCGGGCGCGCGGAGCUCACUGGCGGCGCCACUCAGCGACAACACUGGCCGCCCACGCGUGUUGCUGGCUGGCGAGGCCACGCACGCCACGCGGUACGCUACUGUGCACGGCGCUGCGGACAGUGGGUUCCAUGCUGCUUCGAUCCUGCUCGUGACAAAGACGGCAGCGUAGAUAGAAGACGCAUUGGCCCGAUUCCUGCAGACACUAAGGGUGGUAUUAAUAAACUAAUCUCAGCUGAGACUGCCCUCAAGAUCGUGGUCAAGUCCCUGUUUUUAUAUGAGAACUGUCACAUUGACAUGAUCUUGAGGGCAGUCUCGAAACUGAGACUAGUUUAUUAAUACCACCCUAAGACUAACCGGUUAUUCAACGCGGAAACGCAUCCAGCACUAUGGGUAAAUUUGCACCAGGGGGGUUAAAAUGGCCACAUAAAAGCAAUUCAUCUAAGAAAGGAAUUGCUUCAAUUGCUAUUUGAAAUUUGUUUGCAAUGCGCACUUACUUUUAGCUGCGCAAAUGUCAAAUUACAAUAGCUUUUUAGAUGAAUUGCUUCGAUGUGGCCAUUUUAACCCCCCAGGUACGAUUAGAGGCGGUGUUUUUAAUUAAGGUUUAGUUUUAAGUGUUAAUUGUAUAAUAUAUAAUUUAUUUUAUUUUGAGUUUUGUUUAUUUGUUUUAGUUUUAUUUAAUUUUAUUUUUGUUUUGUUUGAUAUUUUUGUUCUGUAAUUAACUGUUUUGUUUAAGGUGUAAAUAAAAUUAUAUAUUUGGCUAAAAAA